GAAAAUUUUUCCUUGUAUCUGACGAGUAUUUUCGCUUGUGUUAUAUUGUAAAAGUUACAAAUUCCUUGUUUUAAUGGGUCGCAGGAGUAGGCAUAAGAAGAUCAAAGCAUGUGAUCCAUUUUAUAAAGGACCAAAGAAAGAUGGCAUCUCAAGCAGGUAAGUCUGCUGUACAUGUGCGAACACUGUCACGUGUUUUGUAAAUACAGUCUGUAAGCGUGUAUAAACAAAUGUUAUGAAACCUUAAUUGGUAGUGCAUGAUCAGCGCUAACCACUGCGAAGAUUUCCUUGUCGAGGAGAAUUUGCUCGUUUAAAUCUGUUUUAGUUCUUGUGUGUUUGCGCUGCUUCCCAAAUCAAUAUAAAGCUUAACAGUGAACUAUAAAUUAGACCCUGUUUACAUGGAGUGGGGGACCCCGGUCUAGUGGGGUAAGUUUCUUUUGUUUUGUGUCCCCCAGAGCGUGAAAAGAAAAGAAACUUACCCCACUAGACCGGGGUCCCCCACUCCAUGUAAACAGGCCCUUUAUAGUCAUGUGGACGUUAAUUAACUAGUUUCACAGGCCUUUAAAAUUCGUACUUGGCUACAAGGCUUGGGGUAAUAAAACAAAAGAAAUCAUCUUGAGGCUCAGUAAUGAAUAAUACAUUUCUUUUGUUGUAUUCCCCCGAGCUGCAGAGCUGAGGAUGAAUUUUAAUAUAUUGAAAUUGGUCUAUUCACAUUGGCCAUAAUACAACUUGUUCUUCACUCCAAAUAAUAAUGAUAAUAAAUAAUAAUAAUAUAAUAAUGUCUUAAUUCGUCAAAAGAUAAAUUCAAAUACAUAUCUUUUGUUACAAGUGUGUUUAAAUUAAGAAAUUUUACAUCUAGUAAAAAGUGUAAGAAGGUAAAUAGUAAGAAUCAAAAUCUAGAAUAUUACAAAGCUAAUUCAUAUUUAAAAAAUAAACAGUUGAUAAAAGAGUUUUUAAAAUGCAUAGUAUUAAUCUUAGACUUAUGCUGUGUAACGUUAUGUGGAACGGCAAGAUCAACAAAAUGGUUACUAAGCCAUCUAAGCAUCUUUAUAUUCUUAGGGUUCUGAAGCUAAAAAGCAGGCUGGUAUCCCCUGUAGCGACCUCCUCAAUGUCUAAUUUGCUUUGAUACGCUCAGUUCUGGAAUACUGUUGUGUCACCUGGUCAAGCAGCCUACCUGUCUAUCUUAGCAACAAGAUCAAGCGAGUCCAGAAAAGGGCAUUGCGUAUUCUAUUCCCCAUUAUCCACUAUAAUGAUUCUCUCUCAUUAUGCAAAUCACCUGUCUUGAUGCUUGACGUGAUGAUCUGUGCUUUAGGGUGUGGCACAGCAUCCGUGAUCACCCAAAUUAAAUCACUUCUGCACUACUGGUUAAUUAUUAGCUAAGAACAUUCUUGAGAUCAUUAGACACCAUAUUAACAUAAAUGAAAAGACUUUCUCAUUUUAUCGCAGAAAAAAAUAUCUUUCACAUAAUAAGAAUAGUGCAAGAACAUUUUUGACACAAUUAUUCUUUCCAGAGGGUACUAUACCCAACCAAGUUGAAAAAUUAUGGAAAUUUUAGAGGGUGGGGGCUAUGACAAGCACCCUCUGGAAUGGAAAUUCGAGAGGGGGUGGGGGGUCUAAAGCAAAAAUGCCCUCCGUGGGCUGGUAUGGAUAUUUUUCGGAACUACACAUUAAAUGCAAGGCCAUUGACAUGGUCUCUCAUGACACUAUGCUCAUGCCUGACUUAACAAUAAAAGUAGAACAAGACACAAAAUGUAAAAAGCAAGUAAGUGAGGUUAGAAGCUCAUCCUGUACUCUGCUUUCAAGGAAUUCCUUGGUGAAGCUUUCCUCAAAACCCCAAAACCAAAUAUACAAACCAGCUUCGAAUAACAGAAGAAUCUGAAUAGCAGCUAUAUUUCAUUUUGUGGUGACAGUGGAAAAAACAAAUAGGAAACUGGACAAUUAUUAUACUUUUAAGAAACAGUUGAAGACUUUAAUAUUAUUUUAAACUUGCAUACAGUUUUUAACUAAACAUGGGUGUAUAUAAAUUUUGCUCUCUCGUUAUAGCAAAACCUUGUUAUAGCUGGGAACAUGUUUUUCCAGUCCCUUGGCCCUUCACUAUAAUGUGGUUCUACUGUAUUUUUUUUACCCAAAAAAUAACUGGGUAAUGAAUUGACCUAUUCUUGGAGGAAAUUGGUUCAGUUCAUUCUAAAAUAAAAUUUUGGUUGCAGUAACAAAACACCAUUGAAGAAUGAGAGACUCACUGAUCAGAAAAUGCCCAGAGCUGCAAAAGAUUUGAUUAGAAGACAGAUGGCAUUAAAGAAGCCAACAACCACAAUGAGAAAAAAGGAUGCAAAGACAAAGAAAUGUGGUAAUUAUCAAAUGGUUGUAAUAUAGCCAGAAAAGGUAAAGAUGAAAUGAUGAAUAUCUUCAUCUUUCCCUGGUAAAUUAUGAACCAAUUCAAGGACCAACUCCCAGUUGGCUUGCUAGCUGCACUGGUAUAUCGCAGAGGUCAGGGUUCGAAUUCUGGCAAGCCUGAAUUUUUUUUCAGGCUUUUUUUUCUCAACUGCAUAAGUUGUGCAUUUAACUGUGAUGAUCUUCUCUGUAUUUAUCACAUUUUCUUAUUGGUACAUGCUUAUGAUAUAAUUUCUGAAGUGUACAUUUUAGACACAGCUACUGUGUAGAACCUUUCACCUUUAACUUCUCCAUAAUUAUUACUGUGGAAAAUGUUUGCCAAAACACGAAGGGUGCUUUCAGUGAGGACUGCCUUAUUUUUCCUGAUUUGAUAAUGACAGAGAAGAAAUUUGAUAAUCUCACAUCCUGGAAUUAUGCUGUCUCCAACAACUGAGUAUUUUCAUUAACUUUAUAUUAAUGAUUUAUUGUGCUGUUCAACUUUUCAUGACCUUGUUUUAUGGCUGUUACUUUGUAGUAACACCAAAGUUUCAGAGGAUCGCUGGGGAGAGCAAGAAACAAUACUUUGACAGGAUAGAUCAUGAAGCUGCUAAUGAGGUUGCUCUUUCUUUAAAGGCAUCAAGAAAACUGAGGGAGGCAAGAAAAAGGUAAGAUCAUAUACAAACUAGAAAAUCGUAUCUUGUGUCCCUCAGUUGAUCUGUACCCAGCAUAUUGCAGUGUGAAUAACUCUGCCCUAGCUGAAAGAAUUCAAGGACAUGCAUGAUGGCUCUCCUUUCAGAUACAGUGGAAGCUCUCAUAAGCGGAUACCCUUGGGACGCGAAAAGGCUGUCCAUUACUGGAGCUGGCACUUACGAGAGUGGUUCUCAUAAGUAGCCACUACAGAUGUAAGUGUUAAAUGGCCUCGUGCUUGUGGGAGCUUGCCCAACCACAAAUAAACAUUGGAAAUGCAAAAAAAAACAACUGUUUGUUAGUGUCUGGCUAAUAUAUUUGUUGUUCUGACAAUGUUGUAAUUCAGUCACAAGCAUAAAAUUCAAGACGUGUUUUGAAGUGUACUCGGACGUGUAUGGAGAAAAAAACACUGAAACUUAUUCAGAGGCGAAUGAGAUUUCAUUUCAGGUGUUUGCUUAUUAUGGGAGCUGAAAAACUAAGCUGCAAUUUAAUUCGUUAACCCAGAAAGUGUCCGCAGCCACCUAUGGGAAUUGUCCCCUUGCGGGAAUGUAAAAAUACAGAGUUUGUAUGAGAGUUAGAACAGUUUUGCAAAGGCCGCUGUAAGUAGAGCUAGGCGCUGUCCAGUUCGAGAGUGGCUGUUAAGAGAGCUUUAACUGCACUGUUAUAAAUCUUGUUCAGUUGUGGGAAGCAUACAUGCAUGAGUGACUUCAUCGUUGUCUAAAUGUCAUUCCCUUCCUAAAUGAACACUUCUUACGAUAUGAACGAUGAAAAGAGUCAAAGGAGGAUAUACUCACCUUGUCACAUGAGAUCCAUGCAACAACAAAAGAUUUGAUUCCCUGACGGAAUUCCCUGACAUACCACAGUGGUCAGUCAUUAGCCUGACAGAACAGCUAACAUUUUGCAACAACACCGUUGGUUUCCCUGUGAAAUAAUGUCGGCAGUUUGCUCAGGCUUGUGAUCUUUCUUUAUCAUUUCUUAACAUUAUUUUUUGUAAACCCAACAUGUCAAUGUUGAAAUAAAGCUACCAUGAAAGAGUCAUGAGUUUCAUGUGGCACUGAUCACUAUGCUGUGCAAGGUGGCCAUGGAUGUUGCUUCUGUUCAAGUGAGAGCUAAAAACCCAGGGGUGAGGGGUGGUGCUUAAGGAAAAUUUGGUUAGGGGUAUGCCCCCAAGGCUUUAUAACCAUGUGACCCUGUGUAAGACAAAACCCGUCUGUUUUGCUUCCCUGUUUAAGACAGGAGACCUCUUAUGACCAGGCUGACCAGGGUGAUUCAUUUCAUUUGCAUACAGAAUUAAGUGUUAUUGUUUGUGUUUUUUUUUCUUAACAGCAUUGAAUAAUAAUAUUAUUACAUCUUUUUAAAAAAUGUAGCACCAUAGAAAUGAAGACAACCCACCGCUAACACCCUGCGCAAGCAUUGCAUGACCGUGCAGUUUCAUUCAAGACUUUCAUUUGAGAUAGACACCUGGCUGUUAAAGGCACUAAAUAGGGACUGUAAAUUGCAUACCCUCAAGACUCAAGAACCUCAAAACCAUACCCUGCUCAGUGGCACAUACACAUUCAAGCCAAAUAAGGGAGUGCCUCCCGAGCUGAGGCUACGCAAGGCAAUAUUUAUGAAUUCAUCAAAAUAUACAUAGAGCCAGACAGUGUCAGUUGCUUACGGGUUUAAUGUUGUGCUCACUAACAUGUCAGUAUACAGUACGUAAUCAUGUAUUAUUUCUCUGCCUCAUGUUGGUCUUAGGCACUUGAUCGAGAGGAAGCAGAAAAUGAAGGAAAAGAAAAAGUUGUACAAGGAAAAUGCUGACUUAAACCUCAUGAAAGGUAAUGCUCCUUCUAAUCUAUUGACAAACACAAAGUGCAGUGAUCAGUGAAACUUUUUUAUACCACUUUUUGAUGGACCAAAAGAAUUUGGAAAUGUUUAUUUAUGAAUGUGGGCAAAUAAAUGGCAGGUUUAGCUUUAACUUUCUUUUUCAGAUAAUGUACGGUUUGGAGAAGUAGCCAUGGAGCCACCGUCCCUCACAGCAAAGCCGAGAAAAGCGUCCAAGAUGAGCAAGGUAUUUCACAAUUUUCAACAGCCACAACUACUUCACACUUCGUUUGUGUAAUUGAGGAAGAAUGUCUUGAUUUCAGUUGUCAUAUGGUUCUAGAUUUUGUGAAUUCAAAUCGACUCCAUUGGCUUGACAAAACUGCCUCUACUGAUUUUAUCCAUACAUUUACUUUUAUCCACACAAGCUUACAUGGAGCUGAUUUAACAGGCUUAAGCCUCGGUAGGAUAAUCAUCAGUAGCACAGGAAAUAUAUGGGCGGAUUUAGGGGUUUGUCUGAGGGGACCGUGGCCACCCCUUUUUCCAUAAAGUUUUAAAUUAUUUUAAAAGAAUUCUCAGGAAAAUAAAUAGUAACUAUAUAGCUGGCAAGACUGUCCUGGCCAAUCCUUUCUGAAUUUUCUGGAUCCAACCCCUGAAAUGGUCACACCUUAGGAUUGCAUCUUGAGAGAGAAAGAGAAAUAGACUCAAAAGUUAGAACGGUCAACCACCAUGUACAGCGUAUUAAGGGGUGCAGUCUUGGUUUUUUGUUUUUGUUUGUUUGUUUUUUUUUUUGUGGGGGGGGGGGGGAGGGAGGAAAGAUGCUGAAUUGGGAAGGAAAUUGAAUUGGGGUAGAAAAGGUAUAAACAUAAACCAGUUAUUCUUCUAAUGGGCUCGAGGAACCUUGUUGUGGUGGUGGACUAUCUGGUAUUUGUCUACUAAUUAUUCACGUGAUAUUUUAAUUGUUUACAACCCCCAAAUCCAAUAUUUUCCACAAUUUUGAACAUCCCCCCUAAUUUUUAUACAUUAAAAACAUUCCAAUAGCAUCCAAAAAUUCUCAAAAAAAAGAUAUUAUUUAAGGACUCCAACCUUAGUUACCGGUUGGUUACCGCUCUUUUGUCGUAUUAUUCUUUUUCAGGGAACAAAGCCGCUGCUUCUUCAUUCUCUUAUCUCUCAAGACACAGACAGAAAGACAGAAAAAGAUAAGCAAACUGACACUACUGAAGACUCCGGCCCACCGAAGACUAAAAAACGAAAGCACAUGUCAACUGUUGAGCGUGAAAUAGCUGACAAAGAAAGAGAACGUGCUAUAAUGGCGUACAGAUUGAUGCGAAAACAACGUUUGCAAGGAAAGAAAGAAUCCGUAUGA